AUGUCCAGCAGAGUCCAGCUGAUGUUAAAUAAAUGUUAUAUCUUGGUACAAAUUAUCCACGUUUUUUGUUACCAAGGAAUAAACUAUGUGAUGGUCAGCGAGAUGAGGGAUAUUAGAUUUGACCUGUGGAUUAUUAGUAUACCGACAACGUGGAGUCCUUUGGACUGUUCCAGGAAGUGUGAGACCAAUGGUACAUGUCUGUCCUUUCAGUACUCCUUUCUGAGUGGUCAAUGUCGACUAUUCAAUACCAUUUUUCUACAUCAGGAUGCUGGAGUGUACGACAUCGGAUGGCAGUUUUAUAUCGUAUCUCAUAGGCGCUGUAGAGACCUGUUUAUAGAUGGUCGAGACUUGGAUAUAUGUUUUAUGUUUGCCGGCUUCCACAAUUUAACAGAGGGUAAGGAGAAAUGCGCUGCAAUGUCGUCAGGAAUCAUCUCCAUCACAUCAACCGAGGAAAACCAAUUUCUGAUCAGAUUAACUGAGCCGUUUUCGAAUAUCUUUCUCUCAGAUAGCAGCUAUAAGCGACCAUUUAUUCAGGGUUUUUGGGAUGGAAGAAACUGGGUUUUGGACAAUGGGACUCUUUUGGUCUACACACAAUGGGCCGAUGGGCAUCCAAAGAUUAACCAAGACAGACAUUACAUAAAAUUUGUAAUAGGAAAAUGGAAAACAUCAAUAUCCUCAGCGAUUAGACCUGUUUUUUGCAGCUAUAAACUGUAGAUGUUAAUUGGUUGCAUUAUUCGCAUGUCAUGCUCGGUGUUUGAUAAUACAUGUACCAUGUUAGUUAUCCUAAUGGGGUUUUUUUGCGGAAUUAAUCUAAUAUAGUUUUUAUAGGAUUUCAAGGCUUUAAAAAGUCACAGUUUGAACUCACAAUUUUUAACUGGGUUUUCCAACGAAAAAUCCGGUUAUUAAAAUGGUGAAAAUGGCGGGCGGGAGGCUGCCAAAAGGGUACCCUCAUUGUACGGAUAACUCCUCCUAUAGUUUUUAAGAUAGGAAGUUGUUCUUUUGCAGAUCAAAUCAAUUGUCCAUAUAUCAGAGGUGUGCAUAUUGCUAGGAUUUUGAUUUCCGAUAAUUUAUCGAAAAAAUACCAGCUUUUGAACUUAGUCUUUUUUUGGCAAAAUAUUGCAUAUAGGAUACCCUCAUUGUACGGAUAACUCCUCCUACAGUUUUCAAGAUAGGAAGUUGUUCUUUUGCAGAUCAUUGAUCAAUUGUACUUAUAUUAGAAGUGUGCAUAUUGCUAGAAUUUUGAUUACCGAUAAUUUAUGAAAAAAUACCAGCUUUUGAACUUAGUCCUUUUUGUCAAAAUAUUGCAUGUAGGGUACCCUCAUUGUACGGAUAACUCCUCCUACAGUUUUCAAGAUAAGAAGUUGUUCUUUUGCAGAUUAAUUGUACAUACAUGUACAUCAGAGGUGUGCAUAUUGUUAGGAUUUUGAUUUCUGAUUAUUUAUGAAAAAAAUACUAGCUUUUGAACGUUGUCAUUUUUUGGCAAAAUGUUGCAAAUAGGGUACUCCAUUUCACUGGAUACGGGUUGACAUGGAUUAUGGAUACAGUUCACAUAAAAGAAAACCCGGUUUGCUGUCACAUUGACAGCUUUUCACUUGUUAUUAUCUGAUUUAAUUUUUUUUAAUCUUUAAAUGCUUACUUAAAUAUGUGUAUUAAGAUGUGCUAACAUUUGUUUUUAUUGUAUGAUAAAAGUAGAAAAAACUGCAAAGUGUAAACAAUCUUUUCAUAACUAAAUGAAAAUCGUAUUACAGAUUAUAGAUUAUAGAUAAUUAACAAAAUGAGAAGUAUACUUUAUCUGUAGCUAACAGAUACUAUUUCUACAGUGUACAAUUUAGUUACAUCGCCCGAAUACCUAUAUCGCUAAAUCCUCAUACAAAAAAACCCGAAAAUACAAAAUGUUUUUAAAACAAUUUGUGUGGUACAUUGUUUCUUUUAUGAACUGGUCAAAUGCUGUUGUUCUUUGUUAACGUAGAGGCUUAAUAACCUUUUUAAAGUAACGAAUCAAGAUAACACACGCAAUUCGUUUUUAUCCUGAUAUAGAUCAUAUUUCUUAUUCAUUAAAUGCUAGGCACUACAUUUUUCCAUUGCUUCAUGUACAUGUUGAGGAACUUCGAUUGCUAACUGUGUGUAUUUUAGUGUGAAUAUCAGUCAACAAAAUGGUCUAUUCUGUGGAUAUAGUAUUUAAAAAAAUGAACACAAACUAAAGAUUUGUAUUAAGCCAAAUUGAACUCAAAUCUAAAAUCAUCAGAGUAUUAUUUCUUGGGACAAAUCACAUUUGAUGUUCAUGACAACAGAGCCCAAUAAACAAAUGAGUUAACUUGAUUCGGAUUUCCUACUGCAAAGGAAUUCUUUUCACUAGAGUGUUUUCUUCUAUAAAGUUUUGCCGCACAGAAAACCUGAUAUUGAUACAUAUG